GUGGUACUAGCGGCUGUCAUGUAUUAUAAACAAAUCUUGUUUACUAUUACUGGAAAAUUUUAAUUUUAAACUUUUGAUUGAAAAUUUUGUGAGAAUGGCACCUGCAAAGAAAGUUAGAACGUACGUAAAUUCAAAUACUAGUUUAGUUAAUAACUCUAUAGAUGCUUUUAAUGUUUUAUUUGCAAAAAAUAUGACAAAACGGCUAUUAGGAAGAAAGAAACAAAAACUCAAAAUUCAAGAAUUGCCCACAAGAAGAAACUGCGAAUCUUUAUUAAAAGACGAUUCUUUACAAAUAAGUACAGAAGAUACAUUUGACAAAUUAUUAAAAACUAAAAAGAGUCCACCAAAAUCACCUACCAUACAUGAUUCUUUAAAGUCAAAUUCUGGUAAUGAAAACAAGAUUUUAGUAUCAUCACCAAAGACUAGACGACAAAAAGCCAAUUUGUGUUUGACUAAUGAUUCUAACAGUCAACAAUCUCAGUUAAGCCAUCUACAUCAACCUUCAACAGAAAGGAUUGAAGAAAGUCUGGAAAUUGAGACCAUUAAGAAGAAACCUAAUACUUCGUUGAGUUACAUAACAAUACCAAAAAAUAUAAGUUUGAUGGAAAAUAGUAGUAAUCAUUUUGCAAGAAAUCUGCAACAGAAACUUGUACAUUGUAGUACUCCCAUAGCUCCUUCUAAGGCCGAAAUUGAAAAUUACACAAUAUCUCCAAUAAAAGUUAAUUCUUUACUAAAGAAAUCGUUUCAGCAAAUUGACAGCUGGAACAAUGAAUUUCCUGCACCUACUAGUAUAAAUACACCUAUGAGAAGAUUAAUUUUUGAUAAGAACAAUUCUAAAUAUGCACCACCUUCAAUGGUCUUGAAAGAAUAUUCUCCAAAAAUAAAUAAUUCAAAAGAUUUUAAUUCACCUGGUAGAAGAACAAGUUUUAUAACACUGAGACAUAGAAAAGUUAUAAAAUCUUUCAGGAAAAGACAUAAAAAUAUAUCCAGAAAAAAUAAAGCUAUAACAAGUUUUGAAUCUUUUGCUAAAUCCGAAAUUCAACAUAUAUCUCUUCCCAACCAGCAGGAGAGUUUGAUAUCUCAGCUAUCAACUGUGAAUUUUGUCACGAAAAGUAAAAACACAACAUUUAACACAACAACACAUAAAAAACAUUCCUCUCUUUUUGAUGAUGGUUCCCAUGAAGAAUCAGAUAACAAAAACCAAGAAAAAAAUAAAGAGUUGUAUAUAAAAAUGCCCAAUAUAUCAAUUAGUGAUGUGCCUAAUUCAGUAACAAAUUUUGAAAAGUUUUAUUCACAUAAUUUAAGUCCCCAACUUAUGGAUAAUAAAGAAGAUUUAUCUGAAGUUCAAACUACUAGUAAAUUAAACAAGCUUUUUGUUAGUUUAUCAAGGAAAAGCUUAAGUUCUGAAGAUUUUGAAGAAUUUUUUGCUAGUAAUAUAAAUCAACAAACAGAUUCCAAAACUAGAUCAAAAGAGAACAUAAGAAAUUUAAACAUAUCAAAAAAUAAAGUUGAAUAUGUAGGUAAUGACAACAACAUCAUUACCAAUUAUGAUGUAAUACAAAAUGCUGGCUGUGAUCAAAGUGAUAAUGAGUCUCAAAUUAAGAAUGCAGUAGAGAAAAAACAUUUAAGAACUACUAUAGAAAAACUACAAAAAAGAAAGUUACAAGAGGAUACAUUUGAUGAUUUUCUUCAGAAAAAUAUGAAAGUAUUAGAAAAUACUGAGUGUUCUUCUAAUUAUACUGAAGAUGAUUCAUCAGAGAUGUCUUUUAAAUAUACAUAUAACAAAUCUGAUAUUUCUUAUAAAAGAUCCUAUGUUUUAAGAUCAAAUAAUAUGUCAUUUAAGAAUAAAACAAGAAAAUGUGAGACUCAAGGUAGUUCAGAAGAGUUCUUUAGAGUAUUAAAUUUAACACCCAGCAAAAUUGGUAUUAGGAAAAAGCUUUGUAACAAUUUAAGCAAUAAUUUGACAAAUUUACCCUUACUAGAAUCCAAAGAAGAUGAAUUUGAAUCUUUCUUUGUACAAAAUUUGGACCUGAUUCAUCAAGAAGAAUAUGUUAGCAAAGAAAGUCAAAAAGAAUUACCCCAAAUGCCCAAUCAAUUAAAGGUUGUUUUAAAAAAAAACUUUGGACAAAAUUGUUUAGAAAACAAAGCUCUUGAGUGUAAUCAGACAGUAGAUUUAAGAAUUAAUUUGAGAAAUUUACCACUUCUAGAAUCUAAAGAAGAAGAAUUUGAAACAUUCUUUGCUAGAAAUUCAGGCCUUAAUCAUCAAUACCAAUCUGUUUCCAAAGAAGAUCAACAAGAAUUUCCUGUAAUACAAAAAGAAUUAAAGGUUGUUUUAAAAAAUAUCUCUGGACAAAAUGCUCCAACAGAUACAGUUCUUGGUUUUAACCAGACAGAAGAUUUAAGAAUUAAUGUGGCAAAUUCACCAGUGCUGGAAUCUAAAGAAGAGGAAUUUGAAUCAUUCUAUGCUAGCAAUUUGGACCUUAAUCAUCAAGAACAAAUUCUCAAAGAGGAUCAAAACACAUUACCUCUAAAUCAAAAACAAUUAAAGGUUAUUCUAACAAAUAUUUUUGAAAAAAAUUCUCAAGAUAAAUUUCUCUCUAUGAAUAAUACAAAUGUUAACAAAUGCACAGAAGAAGACAACAGAGUAUUGUCACCAAAUGGUAAUACUCGUAGCUAUGAAGAAUGUGAACAAAUUUCUUCUAAACAUGUCUUUUCAAACAAAAAACUUGUAGUCAAACUUAUAGCAAAUGAUUACAGCCAUCUGAUGCCAAUUUGCACUGAAAGAUUAGUCAGAGACAAAAAAAGUUUGGAUAUUGUUGAAACUAAUCAUACAACUGAAGUUUACUCUGAAUUACAAGUUGAUCAAAUAUUUAUGAAUAUAUCCAAUAGGGAACACUUUGAAACCUUUUAUACUAACAAUUAUGGGGAUAAAAACAAUCUCACAGAGAAACAAAUUUGUUCUAUAAGUAAUACUUCUUAUGGUUCUGACGUAAUAGAAAGUUCUAUAAUAGAAACAUUUGCUAAAGAUAAUAAAAGAGCUAAAAAACAUUAUACCAGAGAAAUCAGUUUACGAAAAAGGCCAUCUAAGUACAAUAUUACUGAUAACGUUAAAAGUAGCCGUUCUUCCAGAAAAUCUUCAUUUGUGCAUGUAACAGCUGAGGAUGAUUUAAUAGAUUCCGAUGGAAAUGCUAUGUGUGAAACAAUUGUACAAGCAGAUAAAACAAUUCAACCUAAUAGAAUUAAAAAAUCAAGAUCAAACACACAAAAUAAUAGAAGCAUUAUUGUGCAUAUAACAGCUGAAGAUUCAUUGAAAUCUCUCAAUAAUAUCGGAGAAGAAGAAAUUAUAUUAAAUAAUGAAAGUAGAAAGCCUAUAUGUCCUAAGAAGAGUAUUAAUAACAUUUUAGAUGCUUCUGAACAUGGAAUUAACAUACCCGAUAGUAGUACAACUGAAACUAGUUCGUAUAAACGUAGCAGAAGUAAAUAUAAAACACACAAGAGUAAAGAGAAUAUUAAUUUAAAUAUAUCUGAAGAUUCAGCAACUAAGGAAGGAUUAUCAGAUGUUAAAAAUAAGAGCAGUAAGCCAAGAACUCAAAUAAUACAUGAAGAUGAAGAAAAAUUAAAAGUUCAGGUUUCAGUAGAAAAUAAAAUUUCUGAUGAUGCUCAAACAAAACAAAGUGUUGUUGUAAGAAGUAACGAAGUUGUUUCUGAAUAUACGAAAGAAAAGGAAAUUGAGGGUUCAACGAACCUGGAGUCUGAUGAUUAUGUUUUAAGUACCAAAAAUAGAUCUGCUAGUAAACACAGGAAGUCUAAGAGAGACAAUGAAAAUGAGUCUGUAAAACUAAAUGCUUCAAGAUCCAAUGAUCCAAGUGAAAUUCAAUCUGAGAUUAAUGAAGCAAACACAAACAGAAGUACAACAAAUGUUCCUCAAGAAAAAAGUGAAAGUUUAUCUGUGAGCUCAGAUCUUGUAAAUAGUUCAUAUGUAGAUUCAAAUUAUUUCAAGGCGCCAAAAAGUUUUAAAUCACCCAAAUCUGUAGUACUGAAAGCUGGAAAAAGUUGGAGGAGAUCUUUGUCCUUAUAUAAAAGAAGUACAUUAUUCUCAAGACCUGCCAAAGAUGACCAAUCAUCUUCAUUUACUAGAAAAACAGUCACCCCUGGCAAAUCUUCACGCAUAACAAGUUCAAAACCUUCAAGACGGUUAUCUGUAAGGUUUGUUGCUGUGAAACCAUUACCGAUUUUACAAGUAGAAACUAAUACAGUUUUAGAAGAUUAUGCAAUAAAUGCAAGUUAUGUACCAGAUCAAAUCCUUGAGGCGAGCUUGGAAGAUAGUUUUAGAUGUGUUUCGUUAAAUCAAAACCAACAAAGGAACAGUUCGCUUGCUAAGAAUCAACAAUUAGGAGUACCCGUCACAGCCAGAGAAAUCGUUUUGAGAAAAUGUGGACAAACGGAGCCUAUUCAGUUUUCACAAUGUUUUACAGACAGUCUCCUUCAGAAUUGUCAAAAAAUUGGAGAAGGGGUUUACGGAGAGGUUUUCCUCUUACGGAAUCCCGAUGGAGGAACAUCAGUGCUGAAAAUUAUUCCAGUGGAGGGAGACCAAAUCGUUAACGGAGAAAGACAGAAAAAAUUUGAGGAAGUUUUAUCAGAAAUCAUAAUCACAAUAGAACUGAGUAAUCUCAGACACAACAAGAGAAAUGGAAUAUCUUCGUUUACCGAAGUUCAGAAAAUACAAUGCGUUCAAGGAACAUACCCUGAAAAACUUAUAGAUCUGUGGGAUCUAUUUGACGAAACUCGAGGAUCUGAGAACGAUUGUCCAGAUACGUUUAAAGAAGAUCAGUUGUACAUCGUUUUUCAGAUGGCUUACGGUGGAAAAGAUUUGGAAUCUUUCUUUUUCAUCAACGCAAUGCAGGCUUACUCCAUGUUUCAGCAGGUUGCAUUAGGCUUGGCGAUAGCCGAAGAAGAGCUCCAAUUCGAACAUCGCGAUCUUCAUUGGGGAAACGUUUUGAUAUCUACAGUAGAAACCAAUAAAAUAGUAUCGUUUACGUUGGAAAACAAAACAUAUAACAUACCCACCAUUGGUGUUGAAGUUGCCAUCAUUGAUUACACUCUGUCUAGAAUUGAGCAUGAUGGAGUUGUAAUAUUCAACGAUCUUGGAUUGGAUCCAGAUUUGUUUACUGCCGAAGGAGACUAUCAAUUUGACAUCUAUAGAUUGAUGCAGGAGAAAAACAGAAACAACUGGAAGGACUUUGAGCCGUUCUCCAAUCUCUUAUGGCUUCACUACAUUUUAGACAAAGCGAUUUUGGGUUUAAGAUACAAAUCCCCGAAAAGUAAAAUCCACAAGACUUAUUUAAGAAAACUCAAAAACCUGAAGGAUGACAUUUUGUCCUAUCAAAAUGUCAAAGAUUUUAUAGUUGCUAAUUUGUUAGACAUAUAAAUUAAAAGUUUGUAUUUUGUUAUAUACCAUGUGUUUAUCUUUUAUAUACAAUAAUAAAUGUUUACAUUAAGGUAGCUGGAUUCAGAACAAAAGUAAAAAUAUUGUUUACUAAAUUACUUAACUAAAUAUAAAUUUGUUUUAAAAAAUUACUACUAGAUCGUUGUUUCCUGCUAGUUUUUUUAUGAAGAUACAUCAAACCAAACUAGGAUCCAAAAUUUCCAAAGUCCUGCUGUUUUGGGAAAUAAACGACUGGAUAAUAUUAUCUGUACAAAAAAGAUUGUAAAACUUGUACUUCUUUUAAAAUAAGGAAAAAUAAACGAAUCUCGACCACUAAACUUAGCUAAUACAUUUUUUCAAAAUUUUUUUGCUAUUGGAUCGUUUGCUUAGAAAGUUUUUAAAUAAUGAAUAUUUUUGAAAAAAAUGAAUAUUUUUACUACAUACUUCAAGGGAAAAUUAAGUUGUCAUUUUUUUGAAUAUGUACUUUAAUUAAAACCAGCUGCCAUUAAUACUGUACAAAAAAGAAAUUAAAAAAUAUAUAUUCUCUGCAAUUCCUUUAUGUACAAAAUUGUUUACAAAUAUUCACAAUUAAUUUUUUAUUUGUGUAAAGAAAUGUUGCCAUAUUUUUCAAAAUCGAUUAGAAUAUUUUAGGUGCCUUAUUAUUGUGUAAUAUAACGCACAUUUUUUAUAGAUAUGUGUUUGUGUGUAACUAAAAAUGUAGAAACUCACUUAAUGACUAAUAAGGUCACUGCCAAAUAUUUUUUAUGCUGCUGUGUAGAUAUGUACAAAAGGUGUUGAUUUUUAUACUGCGAAUAAAUCGUUCUAUGAUG